CUGCAGUCACGAAAGCUUUAAAUCAAAAUUUAAGUUGUGCUUGUUUUUAUUUUAAAUUGUGUACAUGUAAUAAUGCACGGAAUUAAUAUGCAAUACUACUGCUUUCUAUGAAAGUUUUAAUGCAUCGUUUAUUUUAUUUGUUUUGUUGGGAAUAAUAACAAAGGUAUGAAACUAUAACGUGCAGUAGCAGACCCAGCCAAACAUUUUGGAGGGGAUACAUAAUUGCGGGAAAUACAAUUGGGUGUAAAUUAAGCUUUCAUCCUGUAGCAUAUGAAGCUAUAAUUAAUUAUAAAUACAUUACGUACAAGUUUAUAUUAAUGAGGGAUCUCUAAAGUGGCCUAUGAUAUACGACCGCCAAACAUCUGGAAAUGUGCUCUGAUAUUUAUGCCACUGUGUUAAUUGAUGGCAUGGUGGGAUGGUUGGCACACUGCACAGUACGUACCGUACUUGCUAUCCCAGAGGUCGUUUGUGGGCUUCGAUCUCCUGGCUUGACAAUUGAAACAACAGUUGUAAGUGUAAUACAUGUAUUAAUUAAAACUACUGGACAUCUGUGAGUCGACUGGACAUCUGUGAAAAAGAGCUUUAUAGCUCAUCAGAUUCCUCCAGUAUAAAUAAAAAUUCGAAUUCUGAAAUCCACUCCCCCGCGUCUGUCCACCCAGCAGUAAAAAUGGGAACAUUGCAGUUCAUUGGCAGGUCAUGUGUGGUGGGGUAAAGUGUAGGUACGGAAUCCCCAACAGCAAGGAAGAGCUGGUUAAACAACUCAUAGAGGGGCUCUCGAGCUCCCUUGAGUGGAGGCCCUUACACUACCAUGCCGUGCCCUCUCCGGGCAAAAAUGGCGCCCAGCACUGGCGUGGUACCCGGCCCGGGCUCCACCGCUCCCGCACCAACGGGAGUUGCAUGUCCGGACCCUCGGACAUUUACGUGGACUCCUGGCCAAACUUUCAAGCCGUAGUUGUACAGCCAAGGGAGCAGGCCGGUGAAAAGCCGUUCAUGCCCAGCUAUUCCACAUUUUCACUCAACCCAAGCAGCCUUGCCGGCCUCCUGUUUAAUGUUGUGGAAUGGAAGAAGCCCUUCAUGCUGGCAGGUAUAGAUGUUGAUUUGAAAGAACGUGUGGAUGAUUUGGCGGCCAGAAAAAAUGUCCGUCUCUCUUGGCCCUCGCCCUACUACAUGUUCACAACGAAUGACCCUGCCACACUCAGAAUUCCAAAUUCUAAAUCAGGCCUGAAAACGGCGAUGUUAAACACAAGCCACGCUGAGUUGGUGUGUGACUCAUGGAAAUACAAAGGCCACCCUGACAGCCUGCGCUUAAUCCAGACUUGUAUAAAAAAUGGAUUUCCCAAUAGCUGUGUCCUGGACGCUUCUGGAAGUCCAGUCGCCUGGAUUCUCGGCCACUCAUAUGGAGCGCUUGGCUUUGCAUUUGUGAGGCCUGACUACCGCAAGAAGGGUCUGUUGUUACAGUGUAUGGCAGCAAUUCUACCCACAUUAAAUGAGGAUUUCCCUCUGUUUGCUUAUAUUAAUGAGGAAAACACCCGUUCAUUACAGUGGGCCACAAAAAUUGGGCUUUCAAAGCCGAUUGACCAUGGGUUUGCAUGGGUGACUGCAGAGCCCUGGUCUGUGCUGUCUUAAUAUUUAGUGAGGAGUGAUGAAUCCUCACUUGAUAUUUUCUAGAAUACUAUUAUGGUGGCUUGUAGUAGGCACUGACUACUGGUCGAGUACAAUGUAUACCUAUCUAUAACGAUCCCAGUACUGUCCUUAAUGACAAACGGUAACCCCCAGCACUAUUCCACAGGCAGUUUUUGCAAACCCACUGCACGCACCUCCACAAUCGCACAAGGACAAACUACAUCAUAUCACCUCUGCACAGGUUAUUUUUUCAUAGAUCGGCUGCUUCAUGGUCUCUUUUUUAAUACAAAAAAUUUCAGAAAGUACCGGGUGCGGAUCGCAACUGCAGGGGUUGUGAAGGCUGUGCACUUUCCGCAACUCGCGCUCCCCUCUCUCCACGUGGAUUCCGCACAGCCACGCUGUAACACGCUGUAAUGAAUCCGCGACAGAAUGCUUGAGAAACUACCGAAUGCGAAUGCUCAGGGAAGGCAAUCGUCACCAAUGGGCGGACUAACAGCCAUAAAAUGUUUUACACUAAUGGCAGCCCAAACUGACAGCCCAGUCUACCAUGUGAGCCUCUCCUGCCUAUGUUGUUGUGGAUGUUAAGUUUGCUUUUUCCCAAAAAAAUCAUACUUUUAAAUGUUAGCCUGUCCUAGGACGGAAGCUGUAAUAUUAAAUAUGUAAAUUGA